AAGAAGAAGAAGAAGAAGAAGAUCCGCCCAUGAUGCAGACCAAAGCAGUGGCUGAGAAACGUGACACUGUCAUGUUCAUGUCUCAUUAAAGAUGGUAAAUAGUUGGUGAAUAAAGCAGAAACACGUGCAGUCGCAGGUCAUCAUGUUGAAACGUCUCCGCCGUACUAGAAUAACACUCAUAGACUUUAUAUUAUUGAUUAAUAUUAACGUCUAUGAUAACACUACCAGAUGAAACGCGACACCGCUAGCUAACGGCAGCCGUGCCAGACCAGAGAGGUCGAACCACGACAUCAUCGAUCACCAUCGGGCAGGUGGGUCUGUCGGUACCGUACACGCAGCAGCCGUGUGCUAUCUUAGCUUAGCUUAGCUUAGCUUAGCGGGAUGAUUGGUCUAAUUUCCAGAUAACCUGCAGCCACGCCAACAUGACGGACUACUCGGAGGAGCAGAGGAACGAGCUGGAAGCGAUAGAGUCCAUCUACCCGGACUCUUUCACAGUGCUUUCAGAUGAGCCCACCAGCUUCACCAUCACCGUGACAUCAGAUGCAGCGGAGAAUGGGGAAACAGCAGUGGAAGCAACAUUAAAGUUCACAUAUGUGGAGAAAUACCCAGACGAGGCUCCGCUGUGGGAGAUCCACUCCCAGGAGAACCUGGAGGACAGUGACGCCGAAGACAUCCUCACCUUACUGCAGCAGCAGGCAGACGAAAACCUGGGCAUGGUGAUGAUCUUCACCCUGGUGACGGCCGUUCAGGAGAAACUCAACGAAAUGGUGGAUGUGAAGAAAAACAGACGAGAGGAGGAGGCGCGGCGGAAAGAGGCCGAGGCAGAGGAAGCAGAGAAGGUGUUGUUUCAAGGCACAGUGGUAACUAUUGAAAACUUCCUGGCGUGGAAAGCCAAGUUUGAGCUGGAGAUGGCCGAGCUGAGGAGGAAGCGGCAGAAAGAAGAGGAGCAGGCAGGGAAACCCAAACUCACCGGUAAACAGCUGUUUGAGACCGACCACAACCUGGACACAUCUGACAUCCAGUUCCUUGAAGACACUGGAAACAACGUUGAAGUGGAUGAGUCCCUGUUCCAGGACAUCGAGGACUUGGACUUGGAUGAGGACGACCCUGACUUUGACCCUUUAGAGAUGGGGAGUGAUGAGGACUAAAGCAGGACUGCUGGAGACGGACAGCAGACACAGUUCCUUUCCAAAGACUCUGACAGCAGGUGGAGAGGGACUCUAACCCCUAAUCAGCCACCAGUGUUCAUUGCUCUGCCUCGACUAUUAAAGUGACCCAACAAACGUGUGCCUUGGUUCUGGUGCUGUUUGACCUGCAGGACGUCCAGCGACGGGCCACGAGACUUUACUGACAUUAAAGCAGCUAAGCCCCAACAUAGAAAUAUACUGCAUUCAAACUUCAAAUUCUUUAGGUCCAAGUUAGCAAACUAUACAAAACAUGCUAUUCCUGACUUUGAACAUGAAAAGGAGUUUUAGUUGUGGCUUUAUUACUGAUAGUUCAUUUACUGUUCAGAUGUCACAUUCUAGAAUCUACUAAAUAAUCAUGAAUAGACUACAUUAAUAUUCAAUUCAAAUACAUUUUAUCUAUCCCCUGGGGGAAAUUUAAAAGAACAAGGAGUAGUUUUGAAAAACAAGUUAGUAAAUUUAAGAGUUACUCUAACAUGUGAGAACAUUGAAAUAACUAAUAACUAACCCUUUGUAGAUAAAAACUAUUGUUUAGUGCAGUUUAAAAAACUUAAGACGAAACACUGAUGCUCGGUUUUGAUUUCUAAAAUACAUAUCUGUCAAUCUGAGGACUAUGGUUACCUGGUCCUCAGAUCUCUGCAGGGUAAAUCC